UCUCUAGUGACACAGCUUGGGGAGGCCCACAAAAACACAAACAAUGCCAAGGUUGGUAUUCCAUCCCAAGUGGAUAGGACUGCUGACAAUGGCAAGAACUCUGCCCGCAAAAUGAGAGGAAUAUUUAAAGCCAAAAGCCACAUCCAUGGAGGAUAUUUACAUUGGAAAAAGGGCUGGGGCAGCUGUUGUUGUUUUGCUGUAAAUGGAUCUAAGAGUUCAAGGUGAUCCAGUGAGUAACAGUGUAUGAAGUAGCCCGUUGCCAUGGCGUCAGAUGCCAGCCACAUGCUGGAGGCAGCCUUGGAGCAAAUGGAUGACAUUAUCGCUGGAGGGUUCUGCGAGGCCUUCUUGAAGUUUGGGGCCCAGAGUUACCCCUCCCAGGGUUCGGACUCUGCCCUCAUUCCCGCCCUGACCUCAGCCAUUACCCCCGACAUCAGGGUGGUGCAGCUUGUAGAGGAUCUCAGGGUAGCCCUGGAGGGCCAGGUGGACCAGGAGUCCAUGAGGAGACAGAUCCCCAUAGACACAGCACAAACCCUGUUAGAGUGGCUGGAAAAGGGAGGGGUAAACCAGCAGUCCCCUGUGAACGGCGAGACUAACCAAGAACGAUUGACACGCUUAGAGGGAGACAAAGAGUCCCUUGUCCUCCAGGUGAGCGUUCUGACAGACCAGGUGGAAGCUCAGGGAGUAAAGAUCAGUGAUCUGGAAAGUUCUCUGGAGGAACAUCAACACAAGCUCAACUCUACAGAAGAGAUGCUGCAGCAGGAGUGCCUUAGCAGGACGUCACUGGAGAGUCAGAAGUUGGAUCUGAUGGGAGAGGUGUCUUACCUGAAACUGAAGCUGGUGGACAUGGAGGAGAAACAGAUUCAUGGAGUAGAGAGGCAGCACAAAGCAGAGAGUGUCGUGAACUUGAUUAGUGAGUUGCAGGAGCAGAUGUGUAGGUUUCAGCAGGAAAUCAAUUGCAGGAUCCGGGAGAAAACAGGCCAGGCUGAUAGCAGCCUACAGAAGGCCUGCGACACUGGGUCCACGGAUGCCCAAAACCCAGACCAUGGGCUCGCCUGUGAUGGUAGCCCAGAGGAGGUCAUACUUCAAGAGCUCAGACUUCUCAAGGAGAAAGUAGACCAUCUUGAAGACCAGAAGUCCCAGUAUGAGAGGAGACUCAAAGCAACAAAGGCAGAGCUAUCAGACCUCCAGCAGCUCCUGCUCAGUAAGAAUGCUGAGAUAGACAGCCUGCACACACAGCUCCUGGCCAGACCACUGUCCACUGAGACCUCAGAGAGAGAGGAUAUGUACAGGAGAAGGCUCAACAACAAGCAUCAGGAGCUCCAAAGGUUAAAGACGGGGAUGGAGACACUGCUGGUUGCCAAUGAUGAAAAGGACCGGCGUAUUGAGGAGCUCACACUGCUCUUAGUCCAGUACAGACAGUUCAGAGACGUUGUGACCCCAAGACAAGCUCCACCCACUAUCCUCUCAAUAUCCAAUGAGAGUACUCCAUCGAACAGCAGUGAGGAACGGGAGCAUGGAGUGGUGAUAAGGACAGUUCCUCCCAGUGCACUCCCUGAGAACAAAAAGGCUGAGAUGUCCUUCAGCAGUUCGUCCCCCCAGCUCGUGUCCCACCUGCCAGCCCAGAAGGAGAGGGAACUCUGGACACAUCCCCGACUUUUAUCAAGCAGUAUGGACAACCUACAGAAUGGAUCUUCAUUGACGCAUGUAGUGGUGAUUCCUGUAGAGGCUGAAGUGUCUGAGAAUGGGCCUGUAGAUAACCGGUGCCAGACCCUGCCGGUGAAGGGCUCCCUCCCAGAGCAUAAUGGAGAGGGAGAGUGCAGUGAGACACAGAGUCAGAGGUCUCCAGAGGCGAGUGAAGAUGGAGACUCAAGAAAGACAGAGAAAAUGGACGACACCUCAUCCUCUGACCUUUCACCCCAGUCUUCAGGGGCGGAGUCAGGUCAACGGACUAUUGGCUCACCAGAACACUUGAAGAACAAUAACAGUAUCAGAAAGCUUUGGGGAAAGAUCAGGCGGACCCAGUCAGGGGGUCUGCAGGGGGAGGACCUGGAACCAAACCACUUUAGGAGAGGGGGGCUACGUGCCACAGCAGGGCCAAGACUGACCCGGACCCCUGAGUCUGGCAGCACUGUUCGGGAUAUGAACACUCCAUUCAGCCAGUGGACCAGAGAGCAGGUGUGUGGUUGGCUGGAGGACUAUGGUCUGGGCCAGUACGUCAACCUGACCCGGCAGUGGGUCGACAACGGACAGACGCUCCUGUCCGCAAGGCCACAGGACUUUGAGAAGGAAAUGGGUCUCAAACACCCGCUACACAGGAAGAAAUUACAGCUGGCUCUAAGGGGGUUCAGUACUAAAGCCAUGGAAAAGUCCUCUGAACUGGACCACAUCUGGGUUACACGAUGGUUGGAUGACAUAGGCCUUCCUCAGUACAAGGACCAGUUCCACGAGGGGCGAGUAGAUGGCAGGAUGCUCCAGUAUCUCACUGUGAAUGACCUGCUUUUCCUGAAGGUGACCAGUCAGCUUCAUCACCUCAGUAUAAAGUGUGCUAUCCACGUCCUCCACGUCAACAAGUUCAACCCCCACUGCCUCCGACGAAGGCCUGGGGAGGAGAGGAACCCCUCUCCCUCAGAGGUGAUCCAAUGGUCCAAUCAUCGUGUGAUGGAGUGGCUUCGGGCGGUGGACCUGGCUGAGUAUGCACCCAACCUACGGGGCAGUGGGGUCCAUGGAGGUCUAAUUAUUCUGGAGCUGCGGUUCAGCUCUGAGACCCUGGCCAUGCUGCUGAACAUCCCCCCUCAGAAGACCCUGCUCCGCCGCCACCUGGCCACCGCCUUCACCGCCCUGGUGGGGACGCAGGCCUCUCUGGAGAAACGGGAGUAUGCCAACGCCACCGGCCAUGCACCCCUCACUACCGCCGCCAAAGUCCGGCCCAAGAAGCUUGGUUUCACCCACUUCAGUCACCUGAGGAAGAGGAGGCCGGAUGACUUGGCAGACUACAUCUGCCCAAUAGACAGUGGGGGCCUUUCAGCCAUGAAUGGGGUUUCCCACCGGCCGUACGUAGGGGUCCGAGGCCUUAGCCCCAUUCUGGACAGAGAGCCAGAGAGGCGGGAGCAGGUGGGGCCCAAAAGCUGACACUGACUCUCCCCUCAGCCAAUGACUGCAAAUCUUAUGGCUUUUAACCCUGACCCACAUGCCUAUGUAAACAUGCCCCCGCUCUAUCAAGAUGCUGAUUUUGUGAUUCGGGGGAAGCUACUGUGUGUGCAUAUAAUGAUGUGGGUAUUAGCUGGACAUCCUGUAUGAUAAUUAGCUGGAUUUACUUAUUUACUGGAUAUGCUUAUCAAGUAAUUGACCUGGAUAUGUUGAAAUCAUGACUGACCUGACCGGCUAAAUGAGGAUUCAUAAUGUUACGGUUGUAUAAUGGUUCCCAUUGAAAGCCGCUCUCUGCAUUCCUGGAAAAAUUAGAUGGAUUCAACUUUCCUAUCUUCUGCCAUUGCUUCAGAACAUGACCCCUAUGUGUUACUGACCAUUGUAGCCUUCCUCCUUACCUUGCUGGAUUUACUGUAGCUUAGCUAGCAACGGCCUUGAGUUAUGGUACAAUGUACAAAAAUUAAUACCAAUUAUAUAAGCUUGUUUUGAUUUAUUUUGUGUUGUAUUUUGUGAAUUUUUACCAGUUAUUAAAAUAUAAGGUGCUCUCAUGAUAAUUCAGGUUUGCACACAAUACCCAACUCAGUUAGCCUAUAAUUAUGUAUUGAAAAUAAAAUUAAUUUGCAGGUG